AUGGCGAAACGGCGGCGGCUCCGGCAGCAGCGCAGGCAUGACAGGGCAGGGCCGUGGCUGCAGCAGCGGGAUAUAUUGUUUGGAGAAGUCACAAGUUCCAGCGAUGAAGAAAUUGGUUGUGGUGCUUCUGCAAUGGACAGUGUUUUACAUGAAGACCAAGUUCAGCCUCAGAUUUGUAACAUGUUCAGCCUCAAUGAGGAGUGUAACAGACAGAAUGAAUCAUGUGAACAUGGUCUUGAUGCAGAAAUCUCACAUAACCUGAGUUGGAAUGAAAAGAUGUCAAGCAAGGAAGAUAGAGAUGCUGAAACAAAGCAAGCUGAUGGUGCUACUUUAAUUACAAACAUGGAAAUGAACAAAAAUUGUUUGGGAGAGAGUUCUAAGAAUAUGGAAGCUGAGAAAAGAGAACUAACUGAAGCAACAGCACAUGAGCUGGAGGCCGUCAGAGAACACAGAGGAGAUAGUGAGGACAUGCACAGUGAAGAGGGAGGUCCUUCAGCUGAUUUUAUGUUACACAGUUUCAAGCCUCAGAAUCAGAUGGAAAAAUGUAAUGACAUAGAGCAAACAGAAAAGAAUGAUACCUCAAUCAGAGCUGUUGAUUAUGAGGAUACACAUGAAAAGCAUGGUGAAUUAAUGAAAGCAGAAAGAGAUGGAUUAUCAGAAGAAACUCCCAGGGCAGUAUCUGUCCCCCAGAAUGUUACCCAUUUGCCACUUGAGCAGUGCAUUGUUUUUCAGAGUGAAGAUUCCAAGAAGGAAUCUGAUGUGUUGAUACAAAAUGAAGUGGUUGAAAACAAAUCAAAAAAUGCUAUCAAGGUAGUUAAUGUGGCAAAUGAUGUAGGGGAAAACAUAAACCAAGUGAUAAUUGGAGAGGAAAUAACAGCUGCAACACAGAUAAAAGGGCUCUGUGCAAAGGCAAAUAAUGAGAGAGCACGCUUUGAAAAUGUGUUGUCUGAUUUCAGUAGUUCAAAAUCCUUCUGUGAAGUGGAACGUUCUAAAGACCUAACGGUACAGCGUGAUGGGGAGGUAAUAAUUAUGGAGACCGAGACAGACACUGGAGCUAUUGAGAUCUCUGCACACUCUCAGUGCUCUGGAAUAAAACAUGACAGUGAAGAAAUGGUGGAGAAACAGUAUGUGCUAACAAUAAAAGAUGAAGUGGACAGAGAAUACAAACCAGAGACUGUUAAAGUCUCUGGACAUUAUUUGCCUGUGUUUUCAAUAGAAGGAACUGAAAAUUCAUUGCCUGUGAAUGACAUAGAUCAAAACAUAGCUAUGGAGAGAACUGGCUUGUCAGCCAUUCCAGAAGAUGAUGAACAGCUCAAAACUGAAUACAUUAAUAUAACCAGACCUGAGACUAUUGAAGAAGCCAUGAAAUUCAACAGAGAGAGAGUUCUAGAAAUAGCUGGAUCUUCAGCGUUACUCCAUAGUGCAGAAAAUGAAGAAUUAGUAGUUACAAAGGAGGAGGGAUAUUUAAAAGGCAAAUUGCACCAGGAAGAAAAUGUUAGUAAUUUAUUGCAAGGGAAGUCAGACUUGGAACGCAUACUUGCACUACCAAAGAUGACAAUUGUUAUUGGUGCAGAAAGCAGUGUAGCUAAGUGUGAAUCCUCUGUGUUAGAUUUUACAGAAAUAAAAAGUGAGAUAAAACAGCCUGAAAACCUAUGUAGUACAUUAGAAUGUGGGUUGUUGAAAACUCAAAACUUCAGAGUGUUUGAAUCUCAAGAGACUGAAUUCAAAGUUAAUCCAGAAGAUUUCAGAGAGGAAAAUAGUGAGCUGCUGGAUGCCAUGGAAUCUGUCCUGGUAGAAAGUAAUCUUACUUCUCAGGUACACUUUACAAAACCUCUGAAUCAGUUCUUGGUAACUGAAAAUGUUAAAUGUGGUGAAAUAAAAGGAGAAUUAAAUAAACAAAGCAAGGAAUUGGUGACUGAGACUUGUUGCAGUUCAUUUAACUGGGAGGAGAAUGUUCUAAAGAAAAAUAUUUCAGAGAUCAUCAGCCAGCCUGCUUCAGAAAUGGGAGUUAAUAAUGAAGUGGCUUCUCCUACUCAAGGGGACCUGGAAGUGGGCUGUAUAAAUACUGAAGAAACAGAUUCUCCAGUGCAAGUGGAAAUUGAUUUGAAAUCUAUAAUGCCUCCUGAUCCCCAUUUCCAUCUUCAGAAAGUUACCAGUUAUGUUGAAACUAAUUUCACAGAAAAGGCUGCUUUUUCCCACACAUGGGAAAAGAAAGGAGAUAAAAGUUAUGUUAUAGGUAGUACACUUAACUGUUCUUCAGAAAGCAUAGAAGAGAGUGCUGAGAUCCUAUCUACUGAAAGACACAACAUGUGGAAAGAAUUGGGCUGCCCUGAGAGGGAAUAUGUACACAAAGAUGAUGUCAAAAUUCCAGAUGAGAAGGAGCAGCCAGUAGAUAAAGAACAUGAGGCAUCUGUUAAAUCACAGAUCGUGGAUGAAAACUCUUACAAUAAAAAUAAUUUUCUUCUCCAGAAGUUUGAUUGUCAGGAAUCAGGAUGCAGAGCUUGGGAGGUUAGAACAGAUCUUUCUAGAACUAGUUCCGUAACAGCUCAGGGAGAAAGCAAAGCGUUGAGUAGCUUUGAAGCAUCUGGGGAAAAUGCCAUAGAAAGGUCUGAAAAUGUCUUUGAUAUACCAGCACAGAGCAAUGAAUCUGAAGAGAAAGACCGUUCUAUACAAAAAAUAACACAUGUGAAAUAUUCUGAAUGUGUUCCCAUGUUCAAUAAGGAACUGAGAGCUUCCAGGAGAGUUGCACUGGGUGCUCUGGAGACUGAUGGAGUUGUUGAUGCUGAUCACCAAAUAUGUGAACUUCAUUCAAGAAUGCACCCAGGAAAUACUUUGACAGUUAGUCAUCUGAGAGCAGAUACUGUGGUGGAUAUGGAUACAUAUGUUUGUUGUGAAACAAACAGCUCUCCAGAUACUGCAAAUGAGUUGGCAGAUGUGGUUAGGGAGGUUUAUCCUAAAGACUUACCCUCUUGGCAAAGACAGUGUUUAUUGAUAACCUCUGAAAAUACUGAGGGUGCUAAUGAAUGCGUGGUCGAUUGUAAUAGAGCUGGAUGCAUCAAUGACAGUGAGGAAUGUCUGUUAAAAACUGGGACAUCAAAAGAAAACCCUGUGAUGCUAAAUCCUGCAAAAAAUAGAUUACCACUAUGCCAGAUGUUAACUAGAUUCUCAGAAACUUGCAGACUGUCUGUAAAAACCAGCAAACUAAAUACAGGAACGUUAUCACUUGACAAUUUCUUAGAAGAAAAUGAGUCUGAAAAACUUCAGUCAAAUGUGGAGCAAAGUCUACUACAUGGUGUUGAUAUGAGGUUCUCAGUGUUUGAAGAAUAUAGUCAUAAUCAAACUUGUACUGCUUGCAGCAUAGAAGACAACAUUGAUGUUAUCCUAGAUGGUAGCACAGUAAGACAGCCUUCUGACUCCCCCAAAAAAUUAUUUGAGAAGCUAUGUGUGUUGGAGUCAGAGUCUUGUGUGGAUGUUGCUCUUAAAAAGAGCGAUAAGUUGAAGUGCAAAGAGCAAGAACCAUGUGAAAUCUUGACUGUUUCAACCAAGACAGCUUCCCAAGUAAUGCAUGUCAAGCUAGCAAAGAGGCUGUUUCAAGGUAAAAGGAAAACAAAGACUCUCAAACUAACUCAGCCAGCUCUUGCAAAUGCUGAUACUUCUGUGCCAACAAAGUGGUCCUCUGAGACUAUAAAUAAAAUUAGGCAAGAGAUGGGUCCUCCUCUGCCCCCCUUGCUAUUGCCUUUGAUUGCUACUCCUCCAAAAGCUGUGUGUACCAUGUCCCCAGUAAUGUCUUCUACUGGUCGAUCCUCUUUGCUUUCCCCGCUGGAUGACAUGAUAUCUCCACUACGUGAAACUCCUGUUCCUCUCAUGUCUCCAUUAGCAGAGACUCCAACAGUAAAAUCUGCUCUUUUAUUUUCUCCUCCAUCACCCUCAGAAAUGACAGUAAGUAGAAGGAUUCGCUCCUCACCUUUGAAAUUUUGUACUUCCAUUCCAAAGCAUGCUCUCCCUGUUCCAGGAAGAUUUCCUCUGUUUGCAGCUGAUAGUGCUCCUCCAGUUGCUCCUCAGGAGAACUCUGUGAAAAUAUUGGACACUAUGUAUCCAGAGCUGUCUGCAAGGGCAAGGACGCUAAACAUUCUGAAAGGCAAUAUUCAGGUUAAUCGAUGUGCUUUUUCAGACAGCCAAAGUUUGCUGGGACCUGUGGCUCAAACAGGUGGAUUCAAAGCAAUUGCAUCUACAUCAACUGCUUUUGUUAAAGCUGGUAACAAUUUGAAAUUUUAUAGUAGUAAAGAUCAAGACAAAGAUGUGCAAAAUCAGCAACUGUUUUCAAGCUCAUCGAAUUGUCUCGAAAAAUGGACACUAUUCCCAGUAUCUAUGCCAAGAAGUGCAAAGAGACUGAGAUUGGACAGUGAACCAGCAACGCUGGACCCCAAUGAUAUUGCUGCUAUUAGAAAUACUGAAAAUACAGUCUCUGAAUUGCAGGAGUCUUUCCGUGACAAAAGCUGCAAAAUCUGUGAUUCAGCACAAAGUUCAAGUUUAGAAUCAUCACUACUAGUAAAGGAGGUUUUUGAUCCUGACUGCCAAAAAGUUUCUUUGGCAUUGAAGAAAAUUGCUGAAUCCUGUUUUGAUUUGUUACCAGUUAUUAAAGGCCACGUGUAUGUCGGCAAUAUCUCAAAGAUUCCAGUAAUGAGAGAUGAAGAGAAAGAGGUUAUUUACGAAUUUGGUGUAAAAAACAAGCAUUUAGCAGAGUCCUUACUGAGUGUUAUUCUCAGUAAACUCAAGGCUCAGAAGAAUGCCACAAAUUACAAGUUCAAUCAGGCUCUGUGUCGGGUCUAUACAGGAAUUUGUCGACAGUUGGGAGAUUUGGAAAGGGCCCGCCUUUUCUGCUAUAGCCUACUUAAAGAAGACUUUCCAGACUCAGAAAAAUUGUUUUUAUUUAUCGCAAAUGUAUGGUCUGACAUAUUUGUCUUCCAAGGUGCAAUUAACAAAGCUAUGCAAUUAGUUGUCAGGCAGACUGCAAGCAGUGAGAUGCUGGCCUGUUUGAGUGCGUAUCUCAACUGGGAACAGAGUUCCUCUUUAGAUGCUGGUAUUAUGGUCUCAAACCUGCUUCUAGAAAUGCAGUCAUGUCCAACUGUAGAACUUCAACUGAGUGAGCAAUAUGGAGAAGAUCUGAGUGAAGAUGCGUGGCAGUACAUAUUUGCUGUUGAGCUACUCUGCUCUCAUCUGAGGUGGGAUUGGACACAUGACAAUGUUAUAAGCAAAGUGCUUUGGCCUUCUAUGGAUAAAUGGGUAAAGAAGAGAAAGGGGCAUGAAACUACUCAGUCUGUUCCUGAUGGUGUUAUAGCAUUGACACUCAGGCUAAUUGGUCGAUUGGGCCAAAUAGGUUUGAAGGAAGGAUAUCUUGCUGCAGUGAAGAAUAUUAGUUCUGUGAUUGGUCUGUUUGUACAGCAUGCAAAAGAAGAAGGUAUUCCCUGGGGAGUGCAGCUGGCAGCCAUAUAUUCACUGUGUGACUUGGGUUCAAGCAAUCCAGAAGGUAUUGUUGAGGCCAUCCAUGCUUGGAGAGUGACAGUUAUUAAUAUCCCUUUUGCUGUCACAAGUGGCAUAGCUGAAAUCACUUCUCUGUGUAAAAUGGAGCUAAACUAAAAUCUAGGAAAGUGGACCAAUCUAAAGGAAAAAGUGCCUUAUUUUACUAAGUAGUAAUUGAUUCCAGUUAAAAACAAUGCAAGUUUGU